AUGAACCUGACUCGACGCGCUCGUCUCGUUUUCAUUACGACCGUGGUCGCGGCUAGUGCCGACGGCGGCCAACUAGAGUUCGACGGUGGGAACCUUCCGACCAAACUUAAUUAUCCGGAAUACAUCUCGCAAUUCAUAUCCAAGACAGAAUCGACAACUCCCACCAAUAUCGAGCCACUCAUUCUCGGUGGAAAUAUUGUGCCUUCUGGCACCAAGACGUACACGACGGGUGUGCGCCCGACAGCCAAUGGUACGAACUUCUGCGGCGGUUCCCUCAUCACACCAACGCACGUACUCACUGCUGCUCACUGUAUGGCUGGGGAUAUUCAAUACGUGUCGGUUGGCACACAUUUUGUCAGCGGCACUGAAGACGGCGAGCAACUUAAGGUUGUAAAAAAGAUACUUCAUCCAAAGUACGUGAGUGAGACCAACUCGUACGACUUUUUGGUGCUUGAGCUCGAGAAAGCCAGCUCUUUUUCUCCCAUUGCGCUCGCCAAGGCCGACGACUCGGACAUCGCUGGUGGUGGCAACGUGACGGUCAUGGGUUGGGGUGCUACUUCUCAAGGUGGCAACCUGUCGACCGAAUUACUUCGUAUCGACGUGCCCCUGCUCGACAUGGACGCGUGCCAGGGUGAUUCGGGUGGCCCGCUCAUUACGGAGCAGUCGAGUGAAGACGUGCUCAUUGGUGUCGUGAGCUGGGGCGAUGGGUGUGGACGUGCCGGAUACCCUGGUGUUUACGCUCGAGUCUCCGUUGCGAAGGAGUGGUUGUCCAGUGUCGCCACCGGAAUAAUGUUCCGUUGA